AUGCAGACCGUCAAUGCGCUCUCCGUCGCUCUCGUCGCCGCUCUCGCCGUCAUCGUCCCCAUCUUCACCCGCAUAGCGUCGUCGCCCGUCGCGCUCAUCAUCGUCACCCCUUUUGUCCUCGUAUUCUGUGUCAUCUUUCUUCUUGUAUUCAAUAUCCUCGUUGGCUAUGCUCUCGACUCUCGGACUCGAACCCCUGCUCAAGUCGGCACCCCUACACCAAGACCUUUAGCAUUCUCAACUCCAGCAGCUUGGCAGGCUGUUCUUACACGCUCCCAAUGGUCCUACAGGCCUCCUCAGACUUUGCCACCCAUUCGUCCCGACGCACCCAUUGUUUCUGCCGCCGUCAAUGAUAUUCUCAUCCUCAUCGUACGAGACUUUGUUCUCGUGUGGUACAAAGAGAUAUCAUCAUCCCCCUCAUUCCCUACCGCCGUCUCUUCUACUCUUCAUAGCUCCCUCGAGCGAUUCUUGGCCAAAGCCGCGACCCUUGACUUACCCACCGUCCUCGUCAAACGCGUACUUCCAAAAAUCACCGCGCAUAUUGAACAGUUUCGCGAAUCUGAAGUGGCUUUGCGUGGAGCAGGUCUAGAAAGAAGGUUGACCCAAUCGGAGGAGCUGGAUAUGCUUCUAGCUAGCCGUUACGCGAGUAAAGGCGGUGGCAAACUCCAUCCUGCUGUCGACAAUCUUUCUUCGAGCUUCACGAAACAAGCUGAGGAGACGCAUCUGAGACGACUUGUUGAUCGCGUACUGCCAUACAUUCUACCGGAAAGAGAGGGGAGAAGCAAAGCCCUCAAGAUCGUCGUUCGAGAGAUUGUGGCGUGUUCUGUCCUCUAUCCACUCAUGGACAUGCUCGCCGAUCCGGAUUUCUGGAAUCGAACAAUAGACCAAGUGGCUGGUGCAGCAAUCCGGCAACAGCGGCUCAUCUCCAAAGUGCGCAACGUGCUGGAGGCUCAACUGCCACGGCCGGUACCGCGAGUGGCCUCCCCAAGAUUGUCGACUACCGAGGCGAUCACCAUCCGUACCGAUGCUCGUCAAUUCGAGUCGUUCCUUCGGAGCAUCAAUCGGACGUCUUCACUUCUCGACGCUAGGCGUCUGAAGAGUGAUAUUAUGGGAGAGAUCAGGCGAACUCGAUUGCUACUCUCGAACCACGAGAAGGAGGACUGGAUCAAUGGCGAGAAGACGGAGGACGUUGUGGCCUUUCUGGACAGGCUGUAUACCGCCAAAAAGAGAGCUGAACAUCGCAUCUCUGUCUUGGGCGGCCAUGAUGAUUCGCAAUCCAUCUCAGAAAGUCCUGCUCCGACACGCCUAUCGCUACGCGACAUCUUAGGGAAUCCGAGCUCUCUUUCUUACUUCAUGGAGUUCAUGGACCGACGGAAUCGGUCUCUUCUGGUUCAGUUCUGGUUGACGGUCGAGAGCUUCAAGAACCCGCUGGAGUCCGUGGAAUCAGAAACCUCCGGGGAUGAAGAUGAUCCCAUCAACAAUCCGUCUUCGUCAACUACAGCAAAGGAAGACACUUCCAUGGUAUACGAGCUCUACUUCUCCACCGCGGCCCCUCAUCCCUCUUUAUCAUGUAUAUCAGCCAAGCACGUCUCGUCGAUACGCGACUUUGUUCUGAACGAAGAUACUCCCUCGCUGGCAAUGGAACGCAAGGCCCGCCGGAGCGUGAUGCUCGCUCAGAGACAGGUGGAAGAAAGCAUGGAGCAGGACUUUGAGGACUUGGAGAGGUCCGAGCUCUGGUUCCGCGUCGUCGAAGAUAUUAACGCCACUCGGAAGGUAUCAGCCGGUACUCGCCACACAGGUGGCACUAUCCGGCGCAGGGAACCCAGUGCUACUAGCGACGACACGGUCUUGGAGAUAUCACGCCGUCGUGCUGCUACAGCACCUGUGGCCCUGCCGAUGCAGCGAUCCGACUCUACCCCGUCGUUUUACCAUUUGUUUGGCGCGAACCAUCAACUCUUCCGCAGCGAUUCAGCCUCACCCACUCCUGUUCCGUCCGCUGAAUCUUCCCACUCUCCUACACCACCGCCAAACCGCUCUAUUCCCUCCAGCCUCGAUGUCCUUAUGUCUCCAGUGGCCGAGACAGACUCCGUUUCCUCACGGGCACCACUCUUCGACGACCCGGACGAUCGUACUAAGGAGACUCGCGAGAGCCAUUCUACGGUGGAGGCCAUUCAGGCCGCCUUGACAGAUAUUAUAGCCCUUGAUAAUCAGCAGACCGCGAGACGGCGCAAACCACCAUCAUCCAAUGCCGGAAGCUUGUUCGAGUCUGCGGUAGACCUUCAAGAGUCGACGCUCUCUCUAGAGCCCCAGCAAGAUCCUCCCCUUGAGGAUGGCGACCAGGAAGACGACAAGGGCGAUGAUAAUCAUGGGAGGUCUGAGUCGCUUCAGCUGGCCGGACCAGGAGACUUGCAGCUUUCGUACGAAAUCCAACGGUUAGCGGAUAAAGUCUCGAGUCUCGAGACGCAGCGGUCUAUGCUCGACACUCUGAUCAAGAAUGCGGAGCUGACUGGCGAUACACAAGAGUUGGCUCUCCUUCGGAAGUCCAAAUCCGCACUAAAUAGGGAGCAUCGGGAGGUCAGCUUCCAGAGGACGCAGUAUGAGCAGCAGGAACUGGCAAAUCGACUCCUGCCUGAUCGGACCAAACUCACGAUAGUUAACUCGACGACCGCGGACGAUAGCGGGAAGGCUGUCGUGCGAUACCUCAUCGAGGUACAACAGCUUGCUUCCGACGGGAGUUUCGCGACUGGUUGGGUCGUCGCGCGGAGGUAUAACGAGUUUCUGGCCAUGCACAAUAAGCUACGAGAGCGAUACGCUCUCGUCAGGAAUCUCGAUUUCCCAGGGAAACGACUGGUAACCAACCUUUCGGCGACCUUUGUGGAUAAUCGCCGGACGGCUCUCGAGAAAUACAUCCAGAACCUGAUCGUCAUCCCCGCCGUUUGCGAGAGUGAUGAACUGCGCGCAUUCCUAUCCCGAAAUUCACCUUUCGAAGUGGCGAAUACGGAUCCAGUCGCCACCUCCAAGGGUGCCAGCAGCACGAACUUCCCCGGCAAGGACCUCGUCCGCACUAUGUACAACUCUGUCGCCCAAAGCGUCGAUGACAUGUUUUUCGGUCCGUCCAUGCUGGACGUCAUGAUCCAACGAUUGACGCGCCAGGCCGCCGAUCUCGCUGGUGUGGUCGGCUCUGCGAUCAACGACGAGGAUAUCGUGGCGCAGGCGCUCAGAGCUUCAGGGAAGACGGCUUCGGACGAGGCGUUGUUGCAGUUCUCUGGGGAUCUGAAGCCGUUGGAUGGGGAGACGAGCUCGUCGACGUUUUCGGCUCCGAUAUGCGAUCUCUUGUUGGCCAUUUUCGAGCUCAAUAAGAAGAAUAAUUGGCUGCGGAGGCAGGCUAUCGUCAUUAUUCUGCAGCAAGUUUUGGGCAGCACGGUGGAAAGGAAAAUAAGAGAGACUAUUACUAGUUUCCUCGUCGAACCUCAAAUCAUGCAAUUCGUCGAUUUAUUCCGGAAUUCUCUCUGGCCCGGAGGGAAUCUCAAAUCCACGUCGGUUCCACGGUCGGCGGAAGAGAAGCUGCGGACGAGAGACGAGGCGAACAGAAAGCUUUCUGCUCUGAUGCCUGAUUUGGCCGCUAAUAUGAUCGGACGGUCGAAUGCUCGACGAGGAGCUCGGCGGAUAUUUGCUGUGCUACAGAAUCGACGACUGAACCAGCAUAUUAUUUAUACUAUUGUUGAUGAGGUUUUCAAUGCCCUGUUCCCAGAGGCUCCGCUGGAGUACCCAGUGCGGUGA